UAUAUACUUUUCCGAAUAUUAUCUCUCUCCUUUAGUAAAGAAGAAGCAAUGUCUCUACAAAGACGCUUCGUUCCAUGUCUCAUUGUCUUUCUCCUUUGUUUCCCAUGUUACUUCAGUUUGCAAGCGAGCCCACCUUAUGAUUAUCUUGGUGAGGCAUCUGGCUAUGAUUCUCAGGCGAAUCAUUUGCAUUUCAGCACCAUUCAAACCCGUGAGAUUGAGAACUGGCCAUGGCGCAAAUUUGGAAGUAAAACGGGGAAAUCUUUGGCUUCAGUUAAAAUGGUUAACGUGAAUUAUUAUGGAGCUAAAGGUGAUGGAAGUGAUGCCACAGAGGCAUUCAAGAAAGCUUGGAAGGCAGCUUGUUCAUCUCCAGGAUCUGUCCUAGUGGUGCCCAAAAACAAGAACUAUCUUCUUAAGCCAAUUACAUUUCAAGGUCCUUGCAAAUCCAGUAUUACAGUGCAGAUAUAUGGAACUGUCCAGGCAUCUACUGAUCGAUCCGCCUACAGUAACGACAUGACCCACUGGCUUAUCUUUGAAAAUGUCCAAAAUUUAGCGGUUCAAGGUGGUGGCACCCUCAAUGGAAAUGGGAAGACGUGGUGGGAAAACUCUUGCAAAGUGAACUAUGAUCUUCCUUGCAAGGGUGCACCAACGGCCUUAACCUUCUAUAACUGCAAGAACUUGGCAAUGAAGAACCUCAAGAUCCAAAAUGCCCAGCAAAUGCAUGUUUCUUUCGAAAAAUGCGUGGGUGUUCAAGCUUCGGGUCUCACCAUAACUGCACCGGGGAACAGCCCCAACACUGAUGGAAUCCAUGUGAGUUACACCAAAAUUAUCCACAUUUCAAGCUCGGUUAUUGGAACAGGUGAUGACUGUAUUUCAAUUGUGAGUGGAUCCCAGAAGGUGCAAGUCAAUGGUAUCACCUGUGGACCAGGCCAUGGAAUCAGUAUUGGAAGCUUAGGAUCUGGAGAUUCAGAGGCUCACGUUUCGGAUGUUACAGUGAACGGCGCAACGCUUUCGGGAACCACAAAUGGAGUUAGAAUCAAGACAUGGCAGGGAGGGUCUGGAAGCGCAAGCAACAUCAAAUUUCAGAACAUUGUAAUGCAUAACGUGGAGAACCCUAUAAUAAUAGACCAAAAGUACUGUGACCAAGGCAAACCAUGCAAGUCACAGAGCUCGGCUGUUCAAGUGCAAAAUGUGUUGUACCAGAACAUAAAAGGAACAAGUUCUUCGAAGGAGGCUAUAUCGCUUGAUUGCAGUGCGAAGUUUCCAUGUCAAGGGAUUCUGCUGCGAGACAUUGAUAUAAAAGUUGGAGGAGGAAAGGCAGCCAAAGCUGUAUGCAGCAAUGCCAGAGUGACUGUAAUGGGGGAUGUGUCUCCAAAUUGCGCCUGAGAAAUGCAUGGAAGCUAGGGUUAUUGGUUCUGAAUCCUCCGAUCACACGCUUACAUAUAUAUUUUUGUAUAUAUGUAUACAGUACUGAAAAAUAAUUAUGAGUUUGUCAUAUUUGUUUAUCAAAGAAUAAGGUCGAAUAAUACUAGAAUGUAGCCAACACAAUAAUACUAAUCCGAUCAUCUCUUAUUGUUUAUCAUCAAUAA